ACAUUCAAAAAAUGAUAACAGAUUCGGUUUUUGAAAUCAUUUUGAAUGAAUGAAUGAAUUUUGGAUGUAAUUUUUCAUAUUUAGAAGAAAUUUCCAAACUUUUUUGAGUAGAAGUUUUCAACAGUUUUCCUAGAAAUAUCCUCAACCUCAUUUCACGUAACAAUUCGAUUGCGUUGUGCGAAGUAGUAAGCCAAGAAUACUGGUUUGGGAUCGAGCAUGUCAGAGGUUUACGAUUACCCUGGUAAAUUUCGCACAGAUUCAUCUUGGAAUUUUCGGCAUCUUUGAGUUGCCUGUAGAUUUUACGAGUAGAUAUCAAUAAUUUUAAUUCAUAAAGGUUUGAAUUUGUGAACGGUUUUUGAGAAUUUCAGUUCCUCCCUUUUCAAUAAUGUGUUUAUCUGCCAAAGGCUUAUCAUCUUUAUUGGGGAUUUUAGCUGAAGAUCAAACUAAAACACAAUCAUUUGAAACUAUCUGCAAUAAAUCCCAUCACUGCUUCAAGAAAGAAGACAAAUUCAAAGUGGGCAAUGCGUUAUUAUUUUUAAUUCAACAACAGGACAUUUUACCGGCAUCAACUCAACGUUUAACAGCAGUCGUUCUCUUGCAUGAUUUAUAUCGCCGGGAUCCAAUCGCGAUUACUCCUUUUCUAUCUGUUUUUAUUCAAAUUUUGAAACCAGCUGAUAGUAAUAAAAUUGUUGGUCACAAGGCAGAAGAAUUUAUCGAUGAUUUACCUAAAUUUUCGCCUCAAGAACGGAACUUCCUCUCUCAACUGAUCACCAGGAACGCUAAAGAAUUAUUGAAAAAAACAGCUCAGCAUGUCAUCAAUAGUACUCCAGAUACUUUCCCUCCCGCUGAUAUAUCAGAACUGGAGAAUGCGCUGAGAAAUAGAAUUUCUUCAUUGUCCAUAUCUGUGAAAAAUGGAAUUUCUUUGGUGUUGUCUGAUCCUGAUACGUUAGCUCCAUCUGAUACGAAUCCAGAUCCCGAAAUAAUUAAAAAAAUAUUACCCUCUAUUCUUUCAAAUGAUGAAUCCGCUUGUGGUAAAACCUACAGUCCGGAAUUUGUUCGAUUAGUACCGCCAUUGAUGCCAGUAGACGACGAAGUUUGUUGGAUCAAUAUCGUCGAUAAACCAUUGCAUUGUGUAUUAUAUGAUAAAAGUACCGUUAAUAUUGAAACACCUGAUAAUGAAGCUCGUCUUUUGAUGGAAAGAGCAUUAAAAGGAAUGCUAACCCAAGCUCAACAACAUCAGCUUGUUAAUCAACUCGAAAGUGAUCCUCAGUUAGUUUAUCGUAUUGGUUUGACGCCUAAACAAUUUCCAGAAUUGGUCGAAAAUAAUCCACUUAUUGCCAUCGACGUGCUUUUGAAACUUAUGCAGUGUAAGCAUAUUACUGAGUAUUUUAGCGUUCUUGUCAAUAUGGAAAUGUCCUUGCAUUCUAUGGAAGUUGUUAAUCGUUUAACGACAACUGUUGAUUUACCUAAAGAAUUCAUCCAUUUAUACAUUUCAAAUUGUAUUACAACCUGUGAAACGAUCAAAGAUCGAUACAUGCAAAACCGAUUAGUACGACUAGUGUGUGUUUUCCUCCAAUCCUUGAUACGUAAUAAAAUAAUUAACGUUCAGGAAAUUUACAUCGAAGUUCACUCGUUUUGUAUUGAAUUCAGUCAUUUUCGAGAGGCAGGAGUCCUUUAUAGAUUAUUAAAAAAUUUAGAGAUCAGCGAAACAGGAUCAGCAUCUCCGCCUUCUCCUCCACCACCGCUAACACAACCUUCUCAGCCAACUGCUUCGUCGUCGUCCAUUCAAACACAGCAACCUUCUCGAUCUGGACGAUCGAAAAAGAAGGAAUCCAAAAAAUAACCAUCCCCAACUCUGAGAGCCUUGUAAAUUACAAAUAAAACUGUAUAGCUGAAAA